AUGAGCCACAUCUACGGCAGCCACCGCUCCCCCAUGGGCAGCCCCUCCAUGGUGUAUCUCCCGGCCGCCCUGGGCUUUGCCCCCAGCGGGGCGAUCUCCAGGCAGGAUCCUCCGCAGAAACCCCCUUACAGCUACAUCGCCCUUAUCGCCAUGGCUAUCAAAGAAGCUCCGGAGCAGAAGGUGACCCUCAGCGGCAUCUACCAGUUCAUCAUGGACCGUUUCCCAUUCUAUCACGACAACAAGCAGGGCUGGCAGAACAGCAUCCGACACAACCUCUCCCUCAACGACUGCUUCGUCAAGGUACCCCGGGAGAAGGGGCGACCCGGCAAGGGCAGCUACUGGACCCUGGACCCCCGGUGCUUGGACAUGUUCGAGAAUGGCAACUACCGCCGGAGGAAGAGGAAGCCCAAAGCCCCGGGGCCACCGGAGGCGAAGGGCAGCGCGGAUG